GUCCAAGCCACCAAUAUUACCAAAUUCCCUCUCUUGGACAAGUGUUGCAGGGACCUUGGGAAUUCUCAUUUCUCAACUCUUUCGUCUUCGUCAAAUCCCUCUCCCUCUCUCUGCUGUUGGGAAUGGGAGGCCCAUCUCCAUCUCUAUCUCCGUCUCCAUCUCCUUCCCCUUCUCCGAAUCCACAACUGACCCAACAGUGGUUGAGCUCCGUCCUCUCACAGCGAGGCCCAUCAGCACUCCCAUACGCCGAAGACGUCAAAUGGCUCAUCCGCCAGCACCUCCUCUCCCUCUCCGAAAACUACCCCAGCCUCCAGCCGAAGACCGCCACCUACACCCACAACGAUGGCCGCACCGUCAACCUCCUUCAAUCCGACGGCACCGUCCCCAUGCUCUACCUUGAUGUCACCUACAACAUCCCCAUUAUCAUCUGGCUCAUGGAGUCCUAUCCUCGCCACCCCCCUUGCGUCUACGUCAACCCCACUCGCGACAUGGUCAUCAAGCGCCCUCACUCUCAUGUCAACCCCUCCGGUAUGGUCUCCAUCCCCUAUCUUCACAAUUGGGUCUACCCGAGCUCCAAUCUCGUUGACCUUGCCCGCAAUUUGAGCCACGUCUUUAGCCGCGAUCCCCCCCUCUACUCGCAGCGCCGACCUAAUCCCAAUCCUAACCCUAACCCUAAUCCCAAUCCUAAUGCCAAUUACAAUUUUACGCCUAAUCCCAUGAUGGGAGCUGCUCCCACCGUGCGCCCGGUGAUUCCGCCCAGGGCUUAUCCCCCGUCUCCCUAUGGCAGUGGAAGUGGCACUGGUGGGGGCCGGAUUCCGCCAUCCCCACAGCGGCACACGGAGGACCCUAACGAGGUUUUUCGGCGAAAUGCUGUUAAUAAGCUAGUUGAAUCGCUGCAUGCUGAUGUUGGGGUAUUGAGGAAGACAAGCGAGGCGGAGAUGGAAGGGAUGUUCGGGGCGCAGGGGGUGUUAAGGCAAAGGGAGGAGCAGCUAUCGAGGGGUGUAAAGGAAUUGCAUGAUGAGAAGGAGGGGCUGGAGCAGCAGUUGCAGAUGGUUUUGAUGAAUGCUGAUGUUCUUGAGGCAUGGUUGAGGGAGAAUGAGGUUAAGUUGGGUAAUAUGGGAAAUCUUGAUGUAGAUAAUGCAUUUGAGCCUUGUGAUGCUCUUUCCAAGCAGAUGCUUGACUGCACUUCCUCCGACUUGGCUAUAGAGGACACAAUUUAUGCCUUGGAUAAGGCUGUGCAAGAGGGAUCAAUAUCAUUUGAUCAAUACUCGAAGAAUGUGAGAUUGUUGUCUCGUGAGCAGUUCUUCCACCGGGCUAUGUGUGCAAAACUCAGGGCUGCACAGAUGCAAGCUCAGGUUGCUAGUAUGGCUGCUAGGGUGUCAUCACAAUAUGCCAUGUGAAAGCCAUUGCUUGUUAGAAUCUUGAUGAUUUGUUAUUGUGGAGUUGGAGCCUCUGCACAACAAGGUUGUUUGAUAUAUAAUGACCUUUUGGGUAUCUUGAAGAAUGAUGUAGUUUGUGUUGAUAGGGAACGAAAAUGGAGCUUUCUGUUGAAACAUGUUAUGGUUGAAUAAUUGAUGUGCCAGAACUUUAUCUUUGAUUGUUACAUAUGAAUUCAAUAUAUUUUCAUGUUCUUAUUAUAAGAUCAUUUAGUUCAUUUGUGCA